CCUAUAUCCCUCCGUGACCUGUGGGGCGGAGUUGACCACAGACCUUCCUUCCUUCCUCCAUCGUCCCACAGACUGGGGAGAAGAGAGAUUCGCGCGCGGUGGCGCUAGGGUUCCCGGCCGGCCACCUCCUUCCGACGUCUCCGCCCGCGGAGCGAUGGGUCUGACUUCGGCGCAGCGGAUCGCCCUCACCGUCUCCUUGUUUGGCCUCCUCGCGUUUCUGCUCGGCGUCGUCGCGGAAAACAAAAAGCCUCCUUAUGGAACUCCUAUCAAGGGAAAGGAUGUUGUCAUAUGCAAGUUCCCGAGUGACCCAACGGUUGCAAUGGGAAGCCUGUCCAUUGUAGCACUUGUAUUAGCUGCGAUCAUUGGGCACGUGGCCAUCUUUUACCCGUACAAGGGCAAGUCGGUUCCUCGUGGAGCGUUAUUUCAGAGCACCAGCUUGUCCGUCUUCUUUGUUAUUGCUGAGCUGGUGUCAGCUCUGGCUUUUGCAAUGCUGCUCUGGGCAACGAUCACGGAGGGCCACCAUCGCACCAGUAACGUUCACCAUGACAUGGAUACCCUGUGCCCCACUGCAAAGACCGGCCUCUUCGGAGGCGCCGCUUUCCUGGCCCUUGAUGCUGCUCUGUUCUGGCUUGUUUGCCAGAUGCUGGCCCUCAAUGCAAGGGCUGACUAUCUGGAUGAGGAUGAGGAUGACAAGGGCGAAUAUGGCCAGGUUUAUGCUGCUGAUGCCGAUGGCACAAAGGUGUGAGUCAGUUACCUGCCAGAAAGUUAGCACCGUUUAGUUAUAUAUAUAUUCCCUCCGAUCACAAAUAUUAGAUGUUUUGGAUAUUUUAAUAUGAACUACAUACGGACUGAAAUGAGUGAACAAACACACUAAAAUGCGUCUAUAUACAUUCAAAUCAGAAAGCUGGAACAUCUUAUAAUAGUGAACGGAGGGAGUAUAUUUUAGAUACAUCAUGUCUUUGAGAAGGUCUGUGUUUAGUUCUCCAAAAAUUGUAGAUAUGUCGUGUCAUUCGCAUAGUCGUUCAUAAGGUCAUUUGGUCAUUCCAGUUUCAGACUUGAGAUUGAACAAUAAACAUAUUCUGGUUUGGUUCUUCCCUUGGUGAAAUUAUCAUGUUAUCUGUGAA